CCCGUGACGUCAUUAACAAGCGACCAGCAGUGCACGUUGUGUGUGGAGCUCGUCGCGUCUCUCGCCAUCUGCAAACAAUAUGGAAGAUGAACAGGAGCAGGUGACUGAAGGUGGGGCCGAGGAAGAAGAGAGCGUAGGGGGCAGCGCCCAGGGAGAAGGUGAUGCUGAGAUGGCGGAGGAAGAGGAGAAGGAAUCAGAAGGCAAGAAGAAGACUGCUAUCCCCGGCAUUAUAUACCUGGGUCACAUCCCACCUCGACUUCGGCCGCGUCACAUCCGCAACAUGAUGAGCGCCCAUGGAGAAGUGGGAAGGAUUUUUCUGCAGGCCGAGGAACGUUUUGUCCGAAAGAAAAAGAAGAAAGCCGGCAGCAACGCCCGUGAUUACACGGAGGGAUGGGUGGAAUUUCGAGACAAACGUGUCGCCAAGCUGGUGGCAUCCAGUCUGAAUAACGCCCCCAUGGGUACCCGGAAGAAGAACCGUUUCCAUGAUGACUUAUGGACCAUGAAGUAUCUCCACCGCUUUAAGUGGACCCACCUGAGCGAAAGGCUGGCCAUCGAGAGGCAGGUGCGGAAGCAGAGGAUGCGCGCCGAAGUGUCGCAGGCCAAGAGGGAGACCAACUUCUACAUGCAGAACGUGGAGCGCAGCAAAAAGUUUGCCAAAUCGGAACAAAGAAUGGCGGCAGGCGGCAGCGCGGCGCCCGACAAGCAGUGGAACUUCACACAGCGGAAAACGGAAGAGGAAAUACAGACGCUUAAAUCCGGCAGCGACAAGAAACGCAUACAGAAGAGGCAGGAACAGGCAGAGCGCGCGCAGGAACUAUCGCAGACCAAUCGCUCGCUUCUUCAGAAAAUCUUCAAUGCUUCCUGAAGAUAGAACAGGGACCGUACCCCGGAGGGUGGGCAAGUGCCUUCCCUCUGACAUGGACGAUGGUACAGUACAUCUGCAGGCGGUACAGCAUCCACCUUCAAGAAAGCAGUCAAAGCGCGGCAUUCCUGCGCUGGAUUAUAGUUAUAUAUAUUAUCACAAAUAGCACGUUAAGACCUCCUCAUCCGUAUUCUCUAUAUGGACAUCUUAGAGGGGGGGGGUCCCAAGAUGGAGGACCGCCCCUCCCCUCUGUGUGCCAGAAUGGAGAGCUGGACUCAAGCUAUGGCUGCUAUGUAAUGGGUUUACCUGCAAAAAAUGAUCUCAUUGCCCCUGCUUCCGGUCAUGGCUGGUUGUUGGGGUCCUUUUACAUGAGGUUGUCAGACAGCCGUCUCCGGCGCUCCUUUACAAAUGAAUGCAGCAGAGGCGUCCAUUUCAGGGGGUCUCAAUGGGCACGGGUCCCUGUUCUCUUUUUCAAUCUCAUUAUUAUCGCCUACCCUGAGGAUAACAUGUUAUAACCGGAAUACCCCUUUAACCAUUGUUUUUGGAUCAACCCCCAUGCAGCAGAUCUUUUCUAGCUAGUAGAGGGGGUUAUUGACCAAGGAAUUGCCUUCUGUGAUGUCCAGGUGCCCUACUAGAGACAUGACGGGGGUUGUCUGGUUCGGACUACUCCCUUGUAGUGUUGAGCGAACUUGUGUUUUAAGUUCGGGUUAUCGAAGAAUCGCGUUAUGGAUUCUGCUACCACGGACCAUACCAGAAUUUAGAAUCCAUAACCCAAUUCUUAGAUAACCUGAACCCGAACUUUAGAUGCUGAACUUACAACGCAAGUUCGUUCAACACUACUCCCUUGUAAUAAUGUACAGAUACGAUGACCAGUCUAGUAUCGGUUCACAGAUGCAGCGUUGACUGCCUCCAGCAGGGGGCGAUCACAUCGAGCCAUAGGACCUGGAGACAGUGUAUUUUCCUGGCUGUAGUAAUGGACCUGCCCCGUAUGAUCAGAAUGUUUCUAUAUAUAUAUCUAUCUAUCUAUCUUUCUAAAAAUAAUAAAUAAAAAUAUAAACUGGA